AUGUCUACUUAUAUAAUGGGGUGAGUCUAUUCUCUGUUUACUAAGGUCCAGCUGUGUGGUGAUAGGUUAGGACUAUUGAGGUCAAUUUUCCCUUUCUUGUGGAUAGAUUUUCCAUAACUGAAGUGAUAAAUUCAACAAUUAAAAUAACAAUACAACGAAUUGAACUGGGUAAUGACCACCCGUACACUUGAAAGUGUACUAAAAGAGACAGUCACAUCAACCAACAUGCAUAACAACCAUCUACCAAACAAACCUACUUUAUAUAGAGUUUCCCUUACUUUCAGUUCAACAAUGACACAAGCAAAUGAACAAAACACCAAAAUUGACCAUCCCUACAUUUUAGUAUAUCCAGAAAAAGUUUUUGUCAUUCCAAGAUAAGGUAAUAAAAUUAAUUAUGAAGAUCAGAUCAAACGUUAGGAUUAUCAAUACAUCCAUAAGCACAACUGGUUCUUCAAGUCAGUGGUUGGGUGUGGGGCUAACAACUGCACCCUGAAAAAUAACAACAUGCUACUGAAACUGCAAUAACACUACCCACAGAAACCCUGGGUCCAAUAUGAAAUUCAAACCAAACCAGAGGCACCAAAAACAUUAUUUGAAAAAUAUUAUCCGACUUACAAAAUACAUAUAUCAUCCCAUACAAAUUCCUCUAUCAUUAUCAUUAUUAUUAUUAUUAUUAUUAUUAUUAUUAUUAUUACAUAUCAUUUAAAUUACUGAAUAAGAUGUAUUUAGUCUUGGCAUAGUGUAUUAUUCCCCUAGUAAAAACUGUAUGCCAGAAACUGUAAGCUUCUUUUCUAAUUAUGUUGCUGAAUUUUGUUCAUCAGAUGUGUAGCUCAGAAGGGACGCAGAGAUGAAUUGGAAAGGACACUGGUGAGUUAAUUCAUGUACUCAGAGGGUGUUGUUUCAUGUGAGCUAGUUUAUAUUCAAGUUUGACGAAAAUUCAUGAUUCUUAGUAAAAGUGAGAUAUUGGUUGGGGUUUCACCUAUCUCGACUCUUCUACUUGAAUGGCCAAAUCUAACCAUUACAUGUCAUAGCAAGCACAUUCAAAAGUAUUGGAUGCUGACCAUAAUUAUAGAUGUUUUAGUGUGUGUAAUGAAAAAAAUUGUAGACAUUUCAAUCAGGAUUGAAAUCGUUCCUAUAUUUGACUUCCAAAUCAAUGUCCACAUACACAUAGAAGAAGAAAAAAUCAGCCAUUUUGGGUCACUUUUUUCCGUUUAUUUUCAGGGAGUAAUACAGAUAACAACAUCUAAUACACUGCAUUUUUUUUACUCACCCCAAUUAGCUGUCAUGUGAUAUUGUGAGGAGGAGGAGCAAGAGCUGAUGUCUUCUUAUCAAAUGGUGUGAGUCUAUUCUUUUUUUACUAAGGUCCAGCUAUGUGGUGAUAAGUUAGGGUUUUCGAGGACAAUUUUUUUCCUUACUUGUGGAUAGAUUUUCCAUAACUGAACUGAUAAAUUCAACAAAACAACUUCAACAAAUUGAAAUGAGGGAAUGGCCACCUAGAUACAUUUGAAAGUGUACUAAAAUACACAAUCGCAUCAACCAAAAAACAAUAAAAUAAAUCACCAGAUGAAGAAACAUGCCAGUACCUUUCAGGACAACAUGGACAACAACCGUUCACCAAACAAACCAAUUAUUGUAUAUACUGUGUCCCUUGCUCGCAGUUUUAAAAUCACACAAUCGAAUAAAGGAAGGAUACUACAAAACACCAAAACUGACAAUCCAAGAAGAAGUUUCUGUCAUUACAAUGUAAAGUAAUGCAAUUAAUCAUAAAUAUCAGAUCAAAAGUUAGGAUUAUCAAUACAUCCAUAAGUACAACUGGUCCUUCAAGUCAGUGGUUGGGUGUGGGGCCAACAACUGCACCUCGGAAAACAACAAGACGUUACUGAAACUGCAACAACAUUACCCACAGAAACCCUGGGUCCAAUAUGAAAUUCAAACGAAACCAGAGGCACCAAAAACAUUAUUUGAAAAAUAUUAUGCGACUUGCAAAAUACAUGUAUCAUCCCAUACAUCCCUCUAUUAUUAUUAUUAUUAUUAUUAUUAUUAUUACAUGUCAUUUAAAUUACUGAAUAAGAUGUACUUGGCACAUUGUAUUAUUCCUCCAGUAAAAACUGUAUGCCAGAAACAAUAAGCUCCUUUUCUAAUUAUGUUGCUGAAUUUUGUUCAUCAGAUGUGAAGCUCAGAAGGGACACAGAGAUGAAUAUUGGAAAGGACAAUGGUAAGUUAAUUCACUUACUCAGGGUGUGUUGUUUCAUGUGGCUUGGUCUAUAUUCAAGGUUGAGGAAAAUUCGUGAUUCAUAGUGAAAGUGAGAUAUUGGUUGGGGUUUCACCUAUCUUGAAUCUAAAUUUACUACUUGAAUGCCAAAAUCUACUACUUGAAAUUAAAUGCCAAAAAUCAAAAUUGAAUGGCAAAAUCUACUACUUGAAAUUCUACCACAUUGAAUGCCAAAUCUACUACUUGAAUGCCGAAUCCAACCAUUACAUGUCAUAGCAAGCACAUUCAAAAGUAUUGGAUGCUGACCAUAAUUAUAGAUGUUAUGGUGUGCGUAAUGGAAACAACUGUAGACGUUUCAAUCAGGAUUGAAAUCGUUCAUAUAUUUGACUUCCAAAUCAAUGUCCACAAACAUGUAGAAGAAAAGAAAUCAGCCAUUUGGGUCACUUUUUUGCAGUUUAUUAUAAGGAAAUAAUGCAGAUAACAACAUCUAAUACAUUACAUUGUUUUUUACUCACCCUAAUUAGCUGUCAUGUAGUAUGGUGAAAUUGUUUGGUCAACAAGAGGAGCAGAUGUCCUGCUUACAAAAUGGGGUGAGUCUUUUGUUUAUUUACUAAGGUCCAGCUAUGUGGUUAUAAGAUAGGACUACUGUAGUCAAUUUUCCCUUGAUUGUGGAUAGAAGUGAUAAAUUGAACAAAACAACUACAACAAAUUAAAAUGAGGGAAUGACCACCUAGAUGCAUUUGAAAUAAUGCAAUAAAAUAAGUCACCAGAUGUAGAAACAUGCCAGUACAUUUCAGGACAACAUGCAUAACAACCAUUCACCAAACAAACCAACUGUAUACAGUGUAUACUGUGUCCCUUGCUUGUAGUUUUACAAUCACGCAAACAAAUAAUCAGAGGAUACAACAAAACACCGAAAUUGACCAUCCAAAAACAGGUUUCUGUCAUUACAACAUAAAGUAAUACAACUAAUCAUAAAGAUCAGAUCAAACGUUAGGAUGAUCAAUACAUCCAUAAGGUGCAGGGCUAACAUCCACCCCAAAAAAUAACAAGAUGUUACUGAAACUGCAACAAGAGUAUCAACAGAAACCCUGGGUCCAGCAGGAAACUGUAGCCAAACCAGUAGCACCUGAUGACAAUAUUGGAGAUAAACGCCUAUGUCCAGAGGUCCAGAAUUUGAAUCAGAGCUUUCUGGGACCAAAAACUACCAUCCACAUUGAAGCCCCAUGUUCGAAAAAUCUCCAAAACAGUGCAGGGCAUCGAGGAAUGCACAACUACAACUUGGACCUCCUCUGUGUGAGCAAAUGUCGGUGGACUGGGUCUGGACGUAAGGUGUCGUGCAGUGGCUCAGCUAACCAUUUCUGAGGAAAAGACAUUCAAGGGUUUGCCUCGAGAUUUUGUAAUUUUACCUUUUGCGUUGUUUAUGUGCUCCUAGCUAUGGGGCAGAGGAAGAGGACAAUGGUGGCUUUUACGUGCAACUGCAACUGCAGUCUCCAACGUCCCACAGCAUGACAUGA